AUGCGCAUAGAUAGUGAAAAUGGAGAUGAUCAUGGGAGGUGGCUAGCAGCGGUAACAUGGUGUGGUAGCAAUGAUGACGAGCAGAAACGGCACGAGCAGCGGAGUUUGAGCUUAAAGUGUCUUCGGUCUGUGGUAAUAUUUGUGGUAAUAUUUGGGUAUGAAGAUCCUCUCACAGCUACAUUUUUAUCCAAGUUCUUAAGUGGUGAUCCCAAGUUGCUAAAGGUGUUGAAAUUGGAUGGAGCUGAAUUGGACAACAUCCCAAAGCAUGUCUUCAAACUAUUUCAUCUCAAGUAUCUUAAUCUCAAGGGAACUAGAGUUAAAAUUAUUCCAAAAUCUAUUGGGAAGCUUCAAAACCUUGAACUUAUAAAUCUGACAAGAACCAAUGUAACAGAGUUGCCUGUGGAAAUUCUAAAGCUAAGAAAACUCCGUUCUCUUUUGAUAGGCGGAUUGGGAGAUUAUUCAAAUGAGUAUGCAAUUUGGGGCUGUAAAUGUCCACUUGGAAUUGGAAAGCUUAUUUGCUUGGAAAAUCUGACUAAUAUAGAAGCAGAUAGUGAUAAAAUAGUAAGGGAGAUUGGAAACCUCAUGCAGCUGCAGCGAUUAUGGAUCACAAAGCUGAGAAGAGAAAAUGGAAAAGAGUUGCUCUCGUCCCUCUUGAGGCUGACCAACCUUCAAGAAUUGGUCAUCUCCUGUAUUGAAGAAGAUGAGACCCUUGAUCUCCAACAUUCCAUCUCUCCAAAGCUUGAAUUCCUCACAUCUCUGAGAUUGAAGGGGCGUUUAGAGAGAGUACCGCAAUGGGUGACAUCACUUCAAUCCUUGAGAACCUUACGGUUGGACAAUAGUAGGUUGAGAGAAGAUGAGAAUGUAAUAGGCUCCCUCGGACAUUUGUCCAAUCUGAUAACACUUACUCUCCGUUGUGCUUAUGAAGGGGAGACAAUAUGUUUCAAGGUUGGAGGAUUUCAAAAACUCCAGCGCUUAGAGCUUGUGCAAUUAACAAGACUGAAAUGGGUGAGAGUGGAAGAGGAAUCAAUGCCUAGUCUGAGAAAUCUGCAAUUAAUUGGUUGUAAACUGAUGCAGGAGUUGCCUACGGGCAUCCAAAACUUGACCGGACUUCAAUUUCUUGGGUUCUUUGAUAUGUCUGAUGAGCUAAUGCACAAAGUACAGAUUUGGAUUACUUCUUUGUUUUUGGGUCAAUCCAUAUUUUUGUUUCUUCUGCCUUUUGCAAGUGUGGUCCAAGUAGGGCGAGUCAAGUAG